UUCCCGGAGAGAGAGAGCGGUGUUAUCGACAGCCAAAAGCGACGAAGGCGGCGAGUGAAGAAGGCAGGCAAGUAGGCAAGACCACACGUGCUGCCACCCCAUAGGCGGAGGGACAGCCUUCAUCUCUCUCUAAAAAAGGUUGGAUGGUGGAGAGGCAUGCCCGUCUCCGCCGCAGCCACCCCUCCCUCGCCUCGGUUUGGCCGCCCGCCGCCUCCUCCCGUCCGCCGUACCGAUGUUUAGGAGCAACAACCUCGCUGCCAGGGUCUUCGAGCGCCAGAUCCUCACCCCUCGCCCUGGGGCCAGUGUUAAUCUUGUUAGACAUUUUUAUGAGAAUUUGGUUCCAAGCUGUACUAUAUAUGAUAUCGAUUGUCCAGACCAUUCCUUUCGCAAGUUUACAGAUGAUGGUCAAUACCUUGUGAGUUUUAGCAGGAAUCACCAGGAUCUGAUUGUUUACAGACCCACAUGGUUGUCGUUUUCGUGCGAGGGAGAAGAUUGCGAUUCACAUAGUCUGCCCCAGAAAGCAAAGAGGUUCGACAGCUUUUUCACCCAGCUCUACUGUGUGUCUCUUGCAUCCAGCAAUGAGUUUAUUUGCAAGGACUUCUUUCUUUAUAUGGAGAGCCACCAGUUCGGCUUGUUUGCAACCUCAACUGCACAAAGCCAUGAUGCACCUACCACAGAGGGUGCAAUAGAUGGAGUCCCUUCAAUAGAAAGGAUAACAUUUUACCUUGUGAGACUGGAAGAUGGAGUCAUAUUAGAUGAGAAAGCCUUUUGCAAUGAUUUUGUCAACUUGGCCCAGAGCAUGGGUGUUUUCUUGUAUGAGGAUCUGUUGUGUAUCAUGUCUCUUCGAUAUCAAACAAUACAUAUACUACAAAUUCGGGAUUCUGGAAACCUUGUUGAUGUACGAAAUAUAGGUAUAUUCUGCCGAGAAGAUGAUGAGUUAUUUAUUAACUCCCAUGCUCACUGCAUGGGAAUCUUGGAUAAAUCUAAGCUAGAUGAUUUAUCUGCCCACGAAGUAGCUAAUGACGUUCAACAUCACCAGGUUACACAGGGGACUUCUCUUCUUAGUGGUAUCAAGCAGCGUUUGCUUUCAUUUAUUUUUCGUAAAACAUGGAAUGAAGAAGCAGAUCCAACUUUGAGUUGUUUGGAAAAGGAUAAUGAUGAAAUCAUGCUUUUGUUCCAGAGGGUUCAACAUUUAAAGAAGAAAUUCUAUUUUCACUUUCAAGAUUAUGUUGAUCUCAUCAUGUGGAAGGUGCAGUUCUUGGAUCGUCAUCACCUUUUAAUUAAGUUUGGCAGUGUGGAUGGAGGGGUUGCCCGAAGUACUGAUCAACAACCAGCAUUCUUUGCUGUGUAUAACAUGGAAACAACAGAGAUUGUUGCAUUUUAUCAGAAUUCUUCAGAGGAGCUUUACUCAUUGUUUGAGCAAUUCUAUGACUACUUUCAUGCAAAUUCGAGAAAUUCUUUGCAUGCAAGUUUUAUAUCUUCUCAUUCCAAUAACACCCAUGCUCUCGAUCAGCUUUGGUGCAUUAAAAACAAAACAAACAACAUUUCACAGUUCGUGAAGAAGAUGAUGACUUCGUUACCAUGCACUUGCCAGUCCCAAAGUCCUUCACCAUAUUUCGAUCUAUCACUCUUUCGGUAUGAUGAAAAGUUGAUUUCAGCAACAGUUCGCCACAGACACUCUACUGAACAUCCAAUAAAGUUCAUUUCAAGGAGGCAGCCGAAUAUCCUUAAGUUCAAGAUAAAACCAGGACUUAACCUUAAAGUUGGCAGGGAUGUAAAUUGUUUCUGCUUUGGUUGGUAUGCUGCCCGAUCUCCAGGUACUCGGGGCAAUGUUAAAUUUCAACAGUUGGAGAAUGCUGAGGGGAUUUCUUUGAGGGCUGCUUCCAAUUUCAAUGAAUCAUGUACUUGGAAUUGCAGCUAAAUUUAUUUACAGUUCCAAUUACAAGAUUUGAGCCAUUUUUGCGGUUAGCCUGUAGUUGCAAUUGCAGGCAUCCAAAAAGCUAUUUUGAAUGUCUGAAUUAAUUGUAGCAACUGCAACUGUAACCAGGCAAAGAACAGCACCUUAACGCAACAUACAGUUGGUGGAUUGCAUGUUUUCGCUACUGGCCUUAUUCUAGUCCAAAACCAUUAUUUGUUGAUAUAACGACUGCGAGGGCUGUUAUUUGCCCCAUCAUGAUGUUGUUUGAAAAUAUUUAAUAUUAAAAUAAUUGUAGCAUUCGUUGUAAAACAUUUUAGUAGAAAUUAAUGGGCAGUAUUAGAAG